AUGGAGAUUCAUCUUUCUCAAACUUAUCAUGAAGGACUUCUGAAAUUACAAGCCAAAGAAUAUAAGAAAGCUCGCAAACUUUUAGAAGCGUUUUUGGCACUGAAGAACCUUUCCAUUGUUGGGCAUUUGAGCAGGGGCUUUUUUGCAGCCCCAACAAUUGUAAGCAUGAACUUUGAUUUUUUCUAUUUUGUUGUUGGAGAACUAUUGUAG